ACCGGACGUCCUCUGUAGUACCAACACGACCGCUGGAAGCAUCAAGUGCUCGGACAACGGGCUCAACAUUUCGACCGUGAGGAUGACUGCGAUUCGCCCAUGGCUGGCUCUGCUGGCUGUAGCGGUCUGUAUAAGCCUUACAUGCGCUGCACCAUAUUGGCGUAUACCAAGCAAUCGUGAAGACCUGGCGAAGAAGUCGCAGCCAACAAAUCUGCAUGAAAGACUUGACGCGGAUGACGCUUCGGGCGAAAACAGUGAUUACUUGCCAAGGUAUGAAAGCAGACAAAGUGUAUCCAGCGAAAACAAUCAGAAAGACGGGAAUGACUCCGUAGAAAAUCGGAGCUUGGAUGAGGAAAAUAGCCAAGAAGGGUUAGCUAGUGGAAGCGGUUCCCAGGAGGAGAGUGAAUCCGAAGAAGGUGAUGGCUCGGAUGAGGAAGAUAGCCAAGAAGGGUCAACUAGUGGUAGCGGUUCCCAGGAGGAGAGUGAAUCCGAAGAAGGUGAUGGCUCGGAUGAGGAAGAUAGCCAAGAAGGAUCAACUAGUGGUAGCGGUUCCCAGGAGGAGAGUGAAUCCGAAGAAGGUGAUGGCUCGGAUGAGGAAGAUAGCCAAGAAGGGUCAACUAGUGGUAGCGGUUCCCAGGAGGAGAGUGAAUCCGAAGAAGGUGAUGGCUCGGAUGAGGAAGAUAGCCAAGAAGGGUCAACUAGUGGUAGCGGUUCCCAGGAGGAGAGUGAAUCCGAAGAAGGUGAUGGCUCGGAUGAGGAAGAUAGCCAAGAAAGGUCAACUAGUGGUAGUGGUUCCCAGGAGGAGAGUGAAUCCGAAGAAGGUAAUGGCUCGGAUGAGGAAGAUAGCCAAGAAGGGUCAACUAGUGGUAGCGGUUCCCAGGAGGAGAGUGAAUCCGAAGAAGGUGAUGGCUCGGAUGAGGAAGAUAGCCAAGAAGGAUCAACUAGUGGUAGCGGUUCCCAGGAGGAGAGUGAAUCCGAAGAAGGUGAUGACUCGGAUGAGGAAGAUAGCCAAGAAGGAUCAACUAGUGGUAGCGAAUCCCAGGAGGAGAGUGAAUCCGAAGAAGGUGAUGGCUCGGAUGAGGAAGAUAGCCAAGAAGGGUCAACUAGUGGUAGCGGUUCCCAGGAGGAGAGUGAAUCCGAAGAAGGUGAUGGCUCAGAUGAGGAAGAUAGCCAGGAAGGGUCAACUAGUGGUAGCGGUUCCCAGGAGGAGAGUGAAUCCGAAGAAGGUGAUGGCUCGGAUGAGGAAGACAGCCAAGAAAGAUCAACUAGUGGUAGCGGUUCCCAGGAGGAGAGUGAAUCCGAAGAAGGUGAUGGCUCGGAUGAGGAAGAUAGCCAAGAAGGGUCAACAAGUGGUAGCGGUUCCCAGGAGGAGAGUGAAUCCGAAGAAGGUGAUGGCUCGGAUGAGGAAGAUAGCCAAGAAGGGUCAACUAGUGGUAGCGGUUCCCAGGAGGAGAGUGAAUCCGAAGAAGGUGAUGGCUCGGAUGAGGAAGAUAGCCAAGAAGGGUCAACUAGUGGUAGCGGUUCCCAGGAGGAGAGUGAAUCCGAAGAAGGUGAUGACUCGGAUGAGGAAGAUAGCCAAGAAGGGUCAACUAGUGGUAGCGGUUCCCAGGAGGAGAGUGAAUCCGAAGAAGGUGAUGGCUCGGAUGAGGAAGAUAGCCAAGAAGGGUCAACUAGUGGUAGCGGUUCCCAGGAGGAGAGUGAAUCCGAAGAAGGUGAUGGCUCGGAUGAGGAAGAUAGCCAAGAAGGGUCAACUAGUGGUAGCGGUUCCCAGGAGGAGAGUGAAUCCGAAGAAGGUGAUGGCUCGGAUGAGGAAGAUAGCCAAGAAAGGUCAACUAGUGGUAGCGGUUCCCAGGAGGAGAGUGAAUACGAAGAAGGUGAUGGCUCGGAUGAGGAAGAUAGCCAAGAAGGGUCAACUAGUGGCAGCGGUUCCCAGGAGGAGAGUGAAUCCGAAGAAGGUGAUGGCUCGGAUGAGGACGAUGACAGUGAUUAAUCAAACGAAAGCAGUUAGGAUGAAGAAAGUGAAUUCGAAGGAGAUAGUGAUGACCAAGAUGACGAUAACUGAAUGUACUCUAUUUUAAGGAAAGCAACACAACUGGAAACUAAUUACGAUCACAUAAGUAGACUGCAAGCCAUUCAGUGAUUCUGUGUGGGAAAAGAUUUGUUGACAAUCGGUAAAAUAAGUUGCCGGAAUAAAUUUCAAUAUAUAUUUUGCAUGCCAUACUAGAAAGCAUGCGGUUAAACAAAGG